GCGAACGCUCCUAACCAGUGGGGCAAAAGCUAGGUCCAUGGGAAAAAUGGACCCGAUCAGAUCCUGAGAAAUCUCUGGGUCGAUGGAGAGUAUCCGGAUUGGUUAGUGACGGUUGCCAUUCAACACCUUCUGAUUGCCGUGCAAUAUUCGCUGCUGAUUGAACGACUAGUAUUGUGAACUUCCUCCGAAACAGACGGUCGGGGCCCUCAUACCAGCCGCCACCACCGCCACCACCGUCAGCAGCCCACUUUCAGAGCUGGUCCUCAAACCUGCCGCCACUACCACCUCCAGCAGCUCACUCUCAGGGCUCUUACCAGCUGCCACCAGUGCCAGCUUCUCAACGUAAGGACGUGCUUUCUAACCAGCCAGAUCCAACGUCUCACAAUCGCUACCGGGAAUGGAGAUUACAAAAGGUAGACCUUCAGGAUCAGGAGUGAGAGAUGAGAGGUGUUUAUUCAGAAAGCAGGCCAGGCAUUUUGUGACGUAUUCGACUUGGAAAUCCCUGACAAUGCAAAACAGGAUGUCCAGUACAUCCAACCCAGUGGCUGCCGUGUGUCAAAUGACGUCCACGCCUGACAAGGAGGCCAACUUCUCAGUUGGCAAGAGGCUUGUGGAGGCAGCCAGAGAGGGCGGUGCGUCCAUGGUGUUCCUACCAGAGGCCUUCGACUACAUCGGAUCCAGCCGAGACGAGACUCUGGCCCUGGCCGAGAGCUUGACCGGCGACACCAUCUCGCGAUACACUCAACUAGCCAGCAAGCUGAAUGUAUGGCUGUCCCUCGGCGGCUUUCACGAACGAGGCCACGAUUGGGAGAACGACCGACGGAUCUACAACAGUCACGUCAUCAUCAACGACCAAGGCUCCUUGGCGGCCGUGUACAGGAAGUCCCAUCUGUUUGACGUGGAGCUACCCGGGAGGGGCGUCUCCCUCAAGGAGAGUGCCUUCACUAUACCCGGACCCGCCCUUGCACCUCCUGUACAGACUCCCAUUGGCAAGGUGGGAUUGGGUAUCUGCUAUGAUCUGCGGUUCCCAGAGUUAUCAUUGGCUCUGCAGAGACAAGGGGCAGACAUCCUGACCUACCCGUCCGCCUUCACCGUGGCAACGGGCGCCGCCCACUGGGAGUUGCUGCUGCGCGCGCGGGCCGUCGAGACGCAGUGCUACGUGCUAGCGGCGGCGCAGGUGGGCCGGCACCACACCACACGCGCGUCGUGGGGCCACGCGCUGGCCGUGGACCCCUGGGGUGCGGUGGUGGGGGACUGUGGGGGGGGAGAGAAGGAGGGGAGCGGCAAUGGGGGAAUGGUCCUGGUGGAGGUGGACCUGGAGAAGGUGAGGGAGACCAGGAGGAACAUGCCGGUCCAAGAGCACCGCAGAGACGCUGGCUUCUACCGUGGGCUGGAGGCCGCCGUGGACAACACCUGAACUGUCGUUUUGUUUUUUUAUAGUGCAUUCAUUCAAUCAUUCAAUUGUAUUUCAUUGUAUUUAUGUCAAAUUAAAUCAACUCUUGAUUCACUUUGUCUGUUCGUUUUUAAAGUUUAAUGUUUCGCAAUGGCAAUCCUUGUAUAUCAAGACAUAUUUAAACAAAUAAAUCAUUAUGUUUUAACAAACUGAAUGUACAAUGGUAACUUCACUAAUAUAUUUUUUAAUUGCUUAAUUUGAGAAAUAAAACUGUAAAUUCCAGA